CGCCGCGAUCACGAGGUGACGUUUGGCGGCGGCAUCCCUUCUCUCUUGAUGGAGAACAAGUGGCUUGAAAGACUUUAUCCAAGUUGCGUCUUCAGGCAAUACGAUAGUCGUUAUGCUCGAGCCGUCAGUUCCGCACGAUCUACACGAGCAAACGUAUUUUCCAAGUUCAUAACGCGAGUGCGAAACGCGAGUUCGAGCUCUCGAGCUCCUCCCCUUCAAGCCUGCUGGAUAUCCGAAAUUUCAUUUCUAUAAAUAGUUAACCUUGUCAUGCUAUGCGAGUUCAGGAAUGUCCGUUAUUGCAAAAAACGAUUUCUUGUCGGAGCACGAGAGGUGAAAGAAGUAGGAGAAUAGGUGAAAGGAGGAAGGAGGAGAUGGGACAAGGGAAAUUAGAAACAGGAGAAAAUGUAAUAUCACAUACUAAUAUGCACACAUUAAGGUGUCUUUCACUUAUCCUAUAAAUUAAUAACGGAUGUGUUGCAAACAGCUGACCGAUAUUCGAAAAAGUAACUUAAAGAUAGUGCAAGCAGGCGGUGAUAUGAAGGAUACGAAAACCAACGAAUAUGCGAACGUGAAUGUCAAGCAAAUUUCCAACGGUAAGGACGAUCAUGUCGAUUCUGGCGCAAAUGUCGACGCCGUGCAAAUCGCGAUCGGCAAUCUCGGCAAAUGGCAGAUCAUCGUCUGCUUGGCGAUUUCUUUGGUCAAAUUUCCGGUAGCAUGGCAUCAAUUGGCGAUCGUCUUUAUGGCGCCUCAUCAGGAUUACAAUUGUACGGCGCCCGCUACCGUCGACUCCAAGGACCAGUGCAUGGUCAAUGUUAACGGCACCUUGGCAAAAUGCACUGAAUGGGAGUACGACAGAAGAAUAUUUCCCGAGACUAUUAUAUCGCAAUGGAAUCUAGUCUGCGAUAGGACGCAUUACGCCAAUAUCCAACAGUCUAUUCUUAUGUUCGGGGUGCUUCUCGGCAACAUAAUCUUCGGCAGCUUAGCAGAUAGGUACGGCAGAAAAAAACCGCUCAUGAUUUCUAUCGUUCUCCAAUUGUUAUCGGGUAUUGGAUGCGCAAUCGUUCCUUGGUUUCAAGUAUUAUUGCUGAUGAAGUUGUUAAGUGCCUUGGCCACUGGAGGCACGAUGGUUACUAGUUACGUCAUUUGUAUGGAAAUAGUAGGUACAAAAUGGCGUGCCGCCAUCACCGUUUUAUAUCAAAUACCAUUCAGUUUAGGCCACAUGUCGCUGGCAGGACUCGCGUUCUGGUUUCGACAUUGGCAGCGAUUACAAAUCGCCAUUACACUCCCAUCUAUAAUUCUUUUAAGUUAUUGGUGGAUAGUGCCCGAGUCACCGAGAUGGUUACUAGCCAUGGGAAAGCAGCGAGAAGCGUGCAAAGUGUUGCAGAGGGCGGCCAAUAUUAAUAAAGUGGAAAAUGUGGAUGUUCCCGAAAUAAUCAGAAAACAUUGUUUGCAUCAAAACUUGAAGAAAUCUGCGCUGGACUAUAAGCCUUCGUUUCUAGACUUGUUUCGCACACCGAACAUGCGAGUGAAAUCCCUCUCGAUUUUCUUCAAUUGGAUCGUAUGUGGAAUGGGUCUGUUUGGUAUAUCACAGUACAUUGGCCAGGUCGGUGGCAAUAUUUUCAUUAAUUUCGCAGUGUCCGGUGCUAUACAGGUUCCAGGAAACUUCGUCGCAUGGUGGGCGAUGAAUAAACUAGGUCGACGAAUCACUCUGAUCUGCAGCAAUUCUAUAACUGGCCUGGCUUGCCUGCUCUUAAUCUUCGUAUCACACGACAUGGCAUGGUUAAGAUUGCUUCUGGCAUGCCUCGGUAUUGUCGGCAUGUCGGUGUCGUUUACGACAGUCUACCUUUUCUCUGGAGAACUGUUUCCUACAGUCGUAAGGAACAUCGGAGUUGGCGCGAGCAGUAUGUGUGCUAGAGUAGGCUCCAUUGUAGCGCCAUUUGUGGUGUCCUUGGAUUACAUUGAAUCGUGGCUACCGCCAAUUAUAUUCGGAGUUCUGCCAUUGAUCGGAGCCGCAUUGUGUCUAUUAUUGCCUGAAACUGCCGGAUGCACAUUACCGGAAACGCUUCAAGACGGCGAGGAAUUUGGAAAGAAGUGUAAGUCGAAAGAUAAACAUGGAGAUCUCGAAGCAGAAGCGACAUUCUAAAAAAAAAAACUAAUCGCCAUGAGAUUUUAAAUAUUUCCGCGGCCGAGAGAGAGAGAGAGAGAGAGAGAGAGAGAGAGAGAGAGAGAAGCAAUAUCGAAUUAUUAUUAUGACAAAUUCUGUGAAAAAUAAAAUCGCUACACUGAUAAAAAACAUCUUUUACGAUUAAUCGUACAUAUAUAUAGCACAAUUCUAUUUAUUAUGUUAUUUUCAUAAUGUUAACAAAAUUAGCACAAUUGUCAUUGAUCAUCAUCUCAUCACAUUUGCGAUUCACACAUUUCUUAUAUAACAUAUAUAUAAAUCAAAACUGACAUUUUUAUAUAUAAAAUAAAAAUAAUGAAAAGUAUCUUUAUAGAUUUUAUCACUCCACGCUUUUCGAAAGACUUUUAAGCUCAUAUAUAUAUAUAUAUAUAUAUAUAUAUAUAUAUAUAUAUAUAUAUAUAUGCCAAACAUAAUAAGUAUGUGCGACUAUUCUGUAAGAUUUUGCCAGAUGUAUAUAUAUUAUAAAUAGAAAUUCCCUUUUGUAGGCAAAAAGCGCAUUUCUUUAUUUAUUAAGUAGUUAAUUCAGCUUACUCAAUGACAUGUUUAUCUUCCAUUUUUCGAUUAGGAUCAUGUCAAUUUUAUACGUAUAUCUUUGAUAUCAGUAUUGUGAACGGUUCUCGUUUCGCACAUUUUACAUGUAAUAUAUGUAUAUAAAAUGUGCGAAUAUAUAUAUUAUAAAUAUAGAGACUUUGUAAAAAUGCAUUUAUCUCAUUA